UUUCCCAUGAGGCUGCGCGGGGCGCCUAUUCAAACCUCACGGAGCGUGGGGAGGAGGUCGUGAUGGCAGCCCCAGAGCCGGAAGUGCAGUCCCCGGCCGCAGUCUCUGAUUUGGAGUGGUGUGAGAAGUCGGAGGAAACCCACGACCCCCAGAUAGAAUUUGAGACCACCUCCGCCCAGGAACCUCCCAACCUUUCGGAGCCCCUUCGCCCCAGAGACUGCGUGGUGCCAGUGGUGUUUCCCGGGCCUGUCAACCAGGAAGGGUGCUGUCGGUUUACUUGUGAACUUCUGAAGCAUAUCAUGUACCAACGCCAGCAACUCCCUCUGCCCUACGAGCAGCUUAAGCACUUCUACCGAAAACCUCCCCAGGCAGAGGAAGUGGUGAAGAAGAAACCUCGGGCCACUGCCGAGGUGAGCAGCAGGAAAUGCCAACAAACCCUGGCAGAACUGGAGAGCGUCCUCAGCCACUUGGAGGGUCUCUUUGCCCGGACACUAGUACCACGAGUACUGAUCCUCCUUGGGGGCAAUGCCCUCAGUCCCAAGGAGUUCUAUGAGCUUGACUUGUCCCACUUGGUCCCCAACAGCAUGGACCCGAGCGUGAGCACAGCAGCUUGUUUGCGCCGCCUCUUCCGAGCCAUUUUCAUGGCUGAUGCCUUCAGUGAGCUGCAGGUUCCUCCACUCAUGGGCACCAUUGUCAUGGCACAGGGUCACCGCGACUGUGGAGAAGACUGGUUUCGACCCAAGCUCAACUACAGAGUGCCGAGCCGGGGCCACAAAUUGACUGUGACCCUGUCCUGUGGCCGACCCGCCAUCCCAGCUACAGCCUGGGAGGAUUAUAUUUGGUUCCAGGCACCAGUGACACUGAAGGGCUUCCACGAAUGAAUGGGAAUGCUCAUCGUGAACACAAUGGCUAAAUUAUCUUUCCCCCUGUGGCACCAAGUCACCCAUCUCUUGCUUGGAGCUAGUUAAUUCCUGGUGAGAGGAAGGUUCUCUCCUUCUGGCUGCCUGCCUCCCUUGGACUUCCCGGGGGGCUGAUGGUAUGGCUAGGGCUGUAAUAAUCAUCACUGAACAAGCAUCUCUUUGAAUCAAAGGCUGAUUUUCCCAGAGGGUUCUGGGUCAGGUGUUGCUUUUGGGGAUUGGAAAGCAAACAUGGGCCCAUAGACAGACACCCUUAUGGAGGUGACCCUUUUCUGCUUUUUGCUGUGGCCUUUCAGAAUUUUUUACUAGGGUCAUAAUGUGGAUAUGACUCAUGAGCUUAAAUAUAAAAUGUAUGGAUUAAAUGUUACAUUUUCCUGAAACUCUUUUAGCUUAAAGAGACUUUCCAGGCUUGAGGUUAGAGUAUUUUAUCUUCCCCCUUGGCCUCUUAUGCUUUGGGCUUCCAUGAUUUUUUUUUUACUUAUGAUUCUUUCUCUUCAUCAGCCCCAGGCCAAUCUGGGAAGUUAAGUGACUUGGCCAAGGUUCUGUAACAGUUCGAUAUCAGAGCUGGGGCAAGAGUUCUCAUCAGCUAACUCCUAGUCCGAUGUUCUUUGCUUGCCACAUGAGUAUGUGUACUCAAAGCAGAGGUCACAUGGGGGAAGGGAGCUGAGAAAAGAAAACCGAGAUAGUCUUUGCAAAGCCUGAUUGAACCGAAGGCUAAGGCACCAAGACUGCCCUGUAGGCUCGCUUCCCUGAGGCCAGAUGUCCCUUCUGGAAUUCCGCCCUGCCUCUCUCCAUUGCAGUUGCGUGGUGGCUGCUGGCAGUCAGUUACUGUUGGCAGUAUUGUCCUCAGGCAAACCCUGCUCUCCUGCCUGUGGCUCUCCUUCCUCAGCUACAUUUCUGGCUUGGCCAUCCUGAUCCUUACUGUUAUCCUCUCCAGCUUAAUGCUGUCCUGACCACUAUGCAUUGAUGCCCUUUGUCCCUGAGAACACCUGCUUAUUUCUUGGAAGCAAGUUGAAGACAGAAUCCUUAUCCUGCUGGUGUUGGAGAUAGGGUGUGUGUGUGUGUGUGUGUGUGUGUGUGUGUGUGUGUGUAAAUGGGGGCAAUAUAUACUAUUUUUUAUGUUUUAAGAAGAAUUUUAUGUUUUAUAUUUUAAGAAAACAUAAAAAUAGUUUAUAUUUUAUAGUAGGUUUUAAGCACUUUACAUACAUUAUCUAAUCUAAUAACCUUGAAAAGUUCAUAUUAUAGUCCCUGUUUUAUAGAUGACGCUUGGGGAGAUUGGGGAGGUUGAAUAACUUGCAUAAGAUAAGUGUCAAAACCUGGAUUCAUGAGAUUGAAUAACUUGCAUAAGUGUCAAAACCUGGAUUCAAACCCAGUCCAGCUGGCUCCAGAGGCUCAGUGCUUUACACUGUGCUGUACACCCUGUGUGAUUUUACUCUGAGCUAAUUAAACAGGGUUUGCCCUACUGAAGGUGGUAGAAUUGGAAAGCUGCAGGACUUCCGUCUCUGGCUUCAGAUUGUGUUUCGUGACAUGGA